AUGUCUCGUGCUGGUGCAGAUGUGGGCAAGGGCGAGCUCAGGGGCGUCCCGAGUGGAGCGCGCGUGGGAAGACCCCCAAGGAGAGGUCUGGUCAAGACGGUGACCCCGGCCAAGUGUGCGGAACCACUGAAGAACAGGUCACUGCUAACAUGGACUAUCUUGUAUUUUUCAGGGGAAGUAGUACUGCCGGAAGAUGAUGUCAUGGCUAUGUUGUAUGAAGCUGCAGUGUCUUUGCUUCAUAAUUUUGGUUUUAAAAGAUAUGAAGUUUCCAAUUUUUCUCGAGGAUUUGAAGCCGAGUGUUUGCACAACAAGUUGUACUGGAAGAAUUCACAAUACAUCGGUGUUGGACCGGGAGCUCAUAGCAGGGUUGUACUAAAAAACUAUGCUUUGUUGAAUCCAGAGAGAGGUCCUGGCAAACCAAUCGACUUAAGAAUAGAAGAAAAAAACGCACACAAAAAUCUACUUACCAGGAAUUUUUGCCGUGCUGCAAUUGUAAAUGCGGCUGAUCCAUUAAGUUGGUUGCGUGAGGUUGAGCUUCAUGGAACAGGAGCUCGGAACAUCAAAUUUCAAACCAGAUUAGAUAUCUUACAUGAAUAUAUUGCCUCAGGAUUGAGGACAAGUGGAGGGAUUACUGCUGAUAUAUGGCAGUCUUUCUGUCCAUGGAGACCCCUAGCCGAUAUAUUUCAGGAAGACACACUUUGGCUUCAAGAGAAGAAUUUAUUGGAAAUUUCUGAUACCUUUAUGAGAGCUACAGAUUUAGGCUUAAAUGUUUUGGAUUAUAUAUUGCCAUAUCUAAUUAAUGUUGUUGAGAAGGAGUUAAACAGUUAAGUUAAAUUCUAUAUAGUCUCUCAGAGAGACCGCUUCCCUUAAGAUAGCAAAGAAAAAGUUUCUGCAUGUACGUUCUUUGAAAUAAAGUUAUUUUAUUCAUUUACAAGUGGGAUAAUUGUUGAAAACACAAUUGUUCAUGUACUACUUGUGUUAACGCAGUAAUGAUGAUAGUGCUAGUAAAUGUAAUAACAGCGGUAAUGAUACUGAUAUUCUACUAGUAUUAGUUUUAGGACUCGUAGUCAAAGUUCUAUGCUGCGACUACAAGUAGACUACUGCUACUACUAUUAAUGAUAAUGAUAACAGCAAUACUCUACAUCCGUUGUUUGCAGAUGUACUGUACAGAAAUAUUGUAGACCGUGAUCUGUGAAAAAGAACCUGACAAAACUUUUA